CGGUGUGUUGCAACGCGGCUCAAGCUCAGUUCAGAGCAAGAAACUUUACCUACAUGUCUUCUCUGUGACUUCGACUUUUGUAUCACGAGACGACAAUGAAGAUUUCCUCCUCGCGUGUUGGACUUUAAACUUUGAUCAGCGCGUGAAUCCCGGAGGACUCAAACAGAAUUUCCAACGUUCAUCGGACAACGAGGGAGAUAGUAUCAGCCCUCUGUCCACGAUGUCCUCCAAAGGUAAAAAUGACUCGUGUCGAAUAUGCGGCGGAGCUCUCCAAGGAAACCAAAGGAAGUGGCUGUUUGGAGGCCAAAAUAAGAAGACAGGUCAGUCUUGGACGCCGACAGGGUCCCAGAGAGGAGGAAGUCUGUCCCGGUCCUCGCAGAGCAGCCCCUGGGGCAGCACAUUAUCUCUGGCUUCCUCGGCGUCUCUCUCCAAGUCCCAGUUAUCCCUGAGCUCCCCGCCCAAAGGGAUCGAUCUGCUCUCGGUGUUGACUCACAUACUGGGGCAGUCUGUGCCACGGGGCAGCGGGCAGGGGGAGUUUGUGUGUGGCAAGUGCGUGUGUGUCCUCGAGCGGGUGUUCAAGUUCGACACGGUGAUAGCCAGGGUGAGGGUGCUGUCGUCCGAGAGGCUUCAGAAGCUGAUGCAGGAGAGGGACAAGAUCAGACAGUGGGUACGGCAAAGCUACCAACACAGACAUCCGCAGGAGAUCCAGAGCAGGGGCAGCACCAGCGAAGAAGAUGGAGAGGCGGAGAAGGAGGGCUACAGGGAGAUGCUCAAAGAGAACAUGGCACUCUCAGAGUACGAGUGCUGGUCCGAUAAGUGGGACACGUGCCCGUAUUUUAUAAGAACAGGUAAAAGAUGCAGAAAGGGCAAAGGAUGCGAAGGCUGUGAUUCGUUAAGGGUGUCCGACUCGGAUUACGAGUCUGUUUGUGGGAUUCCUCGCCGCUUGCCUUUCCAACCCUUCUCCCCGUUAGCGUUGUCACGGGACAAAUCCCAGAGCAUGCCCCUCCACUGGCAGAGGGUGUCAUCCAUCAGCUCCAGCCAGUCUUCAAGGGCGGGGUCCACUCUGUCCUUACAAGAAUCUUCCCGCACCGCGUCCAUUCAGUCUCUGGACUCUCUUGAUGACAAUGACCCGUUUGACUCACCGGGGUUUCAGUCGGCCAACUUUGUGCUGAAGGAGCUGAGAAGUAUUGAAGGGAAGCCGGUGAGUUCGCCAUCAGGGAGUAGGAUCCCAGUUCUGAGCAGGAAGUACUCAGGAAAAGUUGGAGAGAUGACGUCGCCCUCAGUGAACAGGGUGCUGCACUUUGGGAACGUGGAGAACGGAGAGGAUGAAAUGGAUGAAGAGGACGGAGAUGUCCUAUCAGAGCUGAGGGACGAGUUCAUGCCUCUUCAUCGAGAGAGCACAAAUGGCAGGUUUCACCAUGUUGUCAGGCACCUGCGAGGCCAGCUGGACCAAGCUGUGUCUCGCAUCAGGACCCUGGAGGCCGAACUGAAACAUGGGAGGAGCAAACCAACUGAAGUCAACGGAUCAGAGGAUUGGGCCCCUUUGCUCCAGGAGGAGGGUGGCAGCGCCCUGCUGCAGAGCCUCGGUCACUCCCUGCACAGCCGGGAGCGUCUGAUCCAGGAGUGUAUGGGUCUGAUCAGGAGGCUGUGUGUGGAGGAGGGAGCAGGGACUGAGCUGGCCGACAAGCUGACUGAGAAACUGACGGAGAAUCUGAAGGAAACGCUCUCUGUCAACAAGGCUGCCCUGCAGACUUUGAGCUCUGAAGUGACAGAGAAGGAGAAGAGCAUGGAGAAGGAGAUCGAGGCGCUGAGGAAGGCUGGAAGAGACCGAGAAAGAGACCUCAACACACUCAACACCGUGCUGCAGUGCAACCAGGAUAUCAUCAAUGACCUGCGAGUGGCUCUGGGGGAGAAGGAGCAACUGCUGCAGGAGGUGGAGAAAGAGAGGGAGGUGUGGAGACAGAGAGACCGGGCCCUCACUACUGUCCUGCAGCAGAAGGACGCUCUGAUCCAGGAGCUGGAGAGCUGUCAGAAAGAUGUGCAGGGGUUGGCAGAGGAUGGAGAGGGAAACAGCGCCACCCUGUGUGAGGAGGUCACCAAACUCACCACAGCCCUGCAGGAGUAUCAGGACAUGGUGCAGAGUCAGCAGGAGAGUCACAGUCUGACGGUGUCCUCUCUGAUGGAUCAACUCAGAGACACUCGGCGGGAGCUGAGGGAGAAGGAGAGGGAGAAGAAGGAGGCCGAUAGAGCGUGGCAGAACAGCAGAGAGGACAGAGACAGAGAGGAGAGGAGACUGAGGGACAGCCUGGAGAAGAGAGACAAACUUAUCGAGCAAAUCCUGUUGGAUGCUGAGGAGCGGGACCAUCUGUUCAGCGAGCUGCAGCAGAACCUGCAGAACAAACGAGAGCCUCUGACUGCCAUCAAACACACACUGUGAUAGAGGACGACUGCUGUAUUGGCAACAUGCAAACUACCUGCACAGAGAUGGAGGAUUAUUUUUGCACUUUCUGCACCACCUUUUUGCCUCUUCAGCAUAUUUAUCGUGGUGUACAUUAAGUCUAUUUAUUUUUAUCAUUCGCAGACCUGCUUUGUUUUAGUAAUUUUCCACAAUUACUACUUAACUCUUUGGAGUGAAUCAGUAAUUUCAGACUUAAGAGAGUCGGACAGUCUGACUGUUGUCACGAUGGAGAGAAGUCAGAUAUACAUUCUUGUAGCUGGAUGUUUAAUACUUGAUUUAAAAAUCACCAGAUUACUGUAUUAAGUUAAUUUUUGAAUGUAAUGGGUCUAAUGGUCAGGCAGUGAUUAGAUUUCAUUCCAUGCAGUAGGAUUGCUGAGACAAACAUUUCUGGAUGGUGUGAUUGUUCAUGAAUCUGAGUAACAUUUAUUAUGUCCUUUAAGACAGGGCCAGGUACAAUAUGUGAAAUCUGAAUUUAACUUUCUCUGUUCUGUGAAGCUCUUUGCCUUCAUUGUGUUCGUCUUUCGACUUUAUCGGUACAGAAAUGACAGUUUUUUGUUUACAGUGCUAUGAUAGUGCUCAUGGAGGGGAACACUUAGGACCAAAAUAAUAUUUUUAACCCUUUUUUUCUGCUUUUAUGCAUCUUUUUUUUCAGUGUUUACAUGUCUUAUAUUGUUGUUCUGGGACUUAUAACUGGAGACAUUUUCUUUCUUUUAGCUCAAGAGAAUUAAACACUCUGAUCCAAAUAA